CGAUCGCUCCAGCUACACACGCCUUGACGACCCUGUCCUAGCCGAGCCUGUCCUGUCCAUGUAAAUGUGUAUUGGGAGAUGGACUGAAACUUAGUAAACUUAUAUGGCAGCCGCCAGAAAGCUGGACAGUGUGCAUGAGAACUUCUUGACCUGUUCCAUAUGUACGGAGGGAUACAAAGACCCCUGUACUCUGACCUGUGGACACACCUUCUGUAAGGGCUGCCUGGGGGAAUUCCUGAAAACCAGACAAGACGCCAUCAGAGCCAAGUCCAUCCCGUGUCCCUACUGUCGUCAGAUGACCCGAGUUCCCAGGCCUGACAGACCAGUGGAGGAGUGGGUGAAACAGAUCAAGCCCAGUUUUCUCAUACAGGGACUUCUGGACACUCUAGCCUGUGGGGGAGGUACUGAUCAUGGUAAUGCCAACAGUUGCUUCUCCUGCGAGAAACUUGGGGAUAAAAGUGAGGCCAGGUCCCACUGCCAGGACUGUUCUGUCCCGCUCUGUGACAGAUGUGUCAAGAUGCACUUGGCCAAUCCUGCGACAUCAGAACAUGACAUAGGUGACAUUGGAGAUGGCGCAAAGGGCAGCAGACGGCGAAGACAAAGGUGCACGGAGCACAAUGAAGUUGUGGACUUCUGCUGUAGAGAUUGCAAUAAAGCAAUAUGCCAAAAAUGUUGUAUCAUAUAUCACAGAACAUGCAUCUCCGUGGUCACUAUUCAGUCCCUCAUGUCUGAGAUGAAACGUGCUCUGACACAAAAUGAGGGCUUGUUCAGACGUCAGUUUGAAGACACAAACAAAUCACUUCUACAAAACAUGUCUCAGAUUGAUGCGAUUGACCACAACAAAGCCUCAGUUGAGUCAGAGAUCAGACAUGCCUCACAACGGGCCAUAGACGUGAUCAAACAGAAGGAAAAACAACUGCUGGCCGAACUGAAUGACAUGGCAGAUAAGCAGUCUGGAAAACUGAGAGGACGGAUGAAGUCCAAAGAAAUAGACAUGCAGAUGUAUCAACAAUACAUAGAAUACAUUUCCCAGGUGUUGAAGUCAAUGAGUGAGACUGACAUGUUUGAUAUUUACCAGAAUUGUCAGUCAGGGGCAAUGGCUGCUGCAGCAGACAGGGCUGUCAAAUUUACAGAUAUUCCCGAGUCAGAAGUUGUAUUCAUUAGCGAAAUAGAUGUUUGGAACAUUAACAAGCAUGUCGGAUUAGGUAGACUGGAGUUGGGGAGAUUCGACAUCAUGGGUACCCCUCUGUUAAGUCACACAGUCAAUCCUAGGUUAGAGGAUGACAAAGCGAAGCCCGACCCUCAUGAUGCCAUGGUCCUCGAUGUGGAUGGUGAAGAGAUACUGGUCAUAGCAGACUACAAUAAUAAAUGCCUGAAAUCCUUUUUCACAAAAGAUAGCCAAUCACAACAAAGAAAAUUAAAACUUGCAAGUUUCCCACACUCUUUGUCAAGACUAGGAGAAAACCUGCUGGCUUUAGCAUUCUGGUCAAGCAAUGAAAUUCUAGUUGUACAGGUGACCCCUGACCCUGUACUGAAGUCACAUGUUACUACAAAGAAGAAGUACAGAUGCCUUGCAGCCUUGAGUAAAUCAAUAUUAGCAGCAGGUUGUGUAUAUCCCGCCUGUGUCGACAUCCUGAAUAUAUCUGGGGUACUGCUGAGGUCAAUCAGUACACUCAACGCAGUAGAGAACCUGCUAUGUGACCCGAGGUUCCUCUGUGCUACACCUCGUGGCCACAUCCUGGUGUCAAAUGAUUGCUCAAACUUUCUCUACUGUAUGACACCAGAGGGGGAGGCUGUGUUCACCUACAGACCCACAGGAGAAGCUGCAAUGAGAGGGCCACGAGGUAUCACAACUACCAGAACAGGACACAUUCUGGUGGCGGACAAAUGGACAAACAAGGUAACACUACUGACAGCAGCAGGGGAGUUUGUCCGAGACCUUCUGACAUCGAAGGAUGGAAUCGAGCAGCCGUAUGGUUUGUCUGUCCAUGGAGAUAAACUGUUUGUGACACAGCGCAAUACAACUGUUAAGGUAUUUCAUUGCUCGAGGUCUGUGUAAUCACUAUUAUGUCAAGAAUAUUCCAUCUACCAUUUGUCAAGCAGUGAGUCAGUUUUAUUUUAGUGCAUCAUAGUUGUUGAUUUUUUUAGUGUGGCUUUGUACUGAAAAUCAUGCAACUAUAUUUUUGACAUUCUGAUAAAAACAACCCAAUUGGGAUUGACAGGAUGAUCGGAUGCAGUUGCAAUUCUUUGAAAUACAAGAAACAUCAUUUUAAGCUUACUUUGCUGAUUAGAAGUUGCUCUGCUUUUGUCUUACUUUGUUGUCACUUAAUACAGCUGAAAAGCACUUGUAUGAACUUUUGCAAUUAUUCCCCUGAAGGUUUGUUUUCUUUUGUCUGCUCUCAAUGUUUUGUCCACUGUUCUAGGAAACAAAACGUUAAACUUUAAGUCUUUACUGUCUACAUGUACCUGUACUGUAGGUUUGUUUUCUUUUGUCUGCUCUCAAUGUUAUGUCCACUGUUUUAGGAAACAAAACAUUAAACAGUAUGACAUUAUUGUCUACAUGUUACUGUACUGUAGGUUUGUUUUCUUUUGUUUGCUCUCAAUGUUAUGUCCACUGUUUUAGGAAACAUAACGUUAAACAUUAUGUCUUUAUUGUCUACAUGUACCUGUACUGUAGGUUUGUUUUCUUUUGUCUGCUCUCAAUGUUUUGUCCACUGUUUUAGGAAACAUAACAUUAAACAGUAUGUCUUUAUUGUCUACAUGUUACUGUACUGAAGGCUGUUUUCUGUAAAUGGCUUCACUUUUCAAAAAAGGUCAAACAUGUGAUUGGUCCUUUGUUAUAUAUCGAUUACUCUUACAUAUAUACUCAAUUCCAAAUGAAAGCACAUCCUAAAGUAUGGACGUCGCCAUCUGAGAUUCGCCAUGGACAAUGACACAGGACCCACUUGCACAAAGCGAUCUUAGCGCUACGACUAUUGUAAGCCUAUGUUAAAGUAUGAGAGUUACGAUCAUCUUAGCGCUAAGAUUGCUUUGUGCAAGUGGGUCCAGGUCUGUGGUGGGUUCUAAAUGUCUGUCUAGCAGCAGUUGACACUGGUAGGUGUUGUUGGCGCAAGUGAGAACGUAUCGAGUAGUACAGAUGAUGGGGGUUCUGCAUCUGGCUCCAGUGGAAAUAGUCCAGAACCAUCAUUGUCUAUACUACUGAUCGUGACCAUGUCUUUACGUUAAAAGGUUCCAUGUUUACGCCCGCUCUUUUGGCGACACUGCACCCUGUUCUUCAGUGCAUUAUCUGCCGUAGAACAGUAGAUUGUUGUGUGAACGUGUAAAUCUCUUGCCUUUCUUGCCGUGUUUUCCAGCUUCAAUCAUGAUCAACACUAAAUGACGAUUGUUUGUGCCUAAUCUGGACUUUGGCUUUUCGGUGUCACUCAAAGAAUAAUUGUUUAACAGUUGUUGCAACGUUUCACUUUCGUGGGUUCCUUCAAUCAACAAACCAUGUUUCAUGUUAAAAACGUGCAUGUUGCUCUUAUAUUAUUUUGUCUCAUAGAUAUGUACAGUCUUUGUUCAGUGUUCGAUUCUUAAUACAAUGCAUGAAACUUUUUGUGUGAAAGAUUGGCAUGCUUUUACUCGUUGUUUCCAACAGUAUCUCGGUAUUUCAAGUGAUUUGUAUCUCCUUGAUUCAAUAUUUUUCUCGUUAUAUCCAUUAUUUUCUCGACAUUUGGAUUAUUUUCUCUUUGCAUGAAUAUUUUUCUCGUUACUUCAAUUAUUUUCUCGUAAUCUCGAUUAUUUUCUCGUUAUUAUUAUUAUCCGUAAUAAAUUGUUCAAGUCCGUAUUUUCUUGUUAUUUAAUUUCAAGUUUAUUUCAAACAUUUCAAUUUAUUUCACAUUAUAUCAAUUAUUGUACUCGAAAUUACGAGUUUUUGCUCGUAAUUUCGAUUAUUUGCUCGUUAUUUCAAUAGCUUUCUCAAAAUUUCAAGCUUUUGAAAUAAACUUGAAAUACCAAGAAAAUAAGGAAUGGAACAAAUUAUUACGGAUCAACAUGGAUAACGAGUAAGUCCGUAUAUUGAUCAUAUACUUGGAUCAUAUGUUGGAAAUUUUGUAGAUAUAUAUUCAUGAUAUGUUUAAAUAUGUCAAAUAAAUUCUCUUUUUAUGAUCUU